UACGUGACUAAAGUCGGCAACUUGAACCUGCUGCAGGCAUCAGCCAAAGACGUUUCGGCAGCUCUUGAUGCCGGCCAGUUCACAUCGCUCCAGCUAGUGAAUGCCUACCUCGAUCGCAUCGAGGCUCACAACAUCAAUGGCACGCCUUGGUCUCCGCGCUAUCAUCGAGACCGCACCAGGAGACAACGUCAGGACCAUAGCCAAGCAUCUUGACAGAGAGCGGUCAAAGGGAAAGAUCCGAAGCCCACUGCAUGGUGUUCCGAUUCUCGUCAAAGACAGCACGUUGAACCCGCCACAGACAUUUUAUUACAAUACCGAUGUUGAACUUGGAAUGAACACUACGGCUGGUUCUUAUGCCCUUCUUGAGUAUGCUGGAGAAGCAAAGGGCGAUGCCUUCGUCGUCAAGCGACUGAGAGACGCCGGCGCCAUAAUCUUGGCCAAGGCCAACUUGGACGAGUAUUCCGGUAUCCGUGGCGUCAACGCAUCAGCAUGGAGCCCUCGAGGCGGCCAAGUCUCAUGCCCAUACGUGGUCGGAGGCUUCGCAGCCGGCGGCGAUCCCAGCGGCAGCUCUUCAGGCUCUGGCGCCGGCGUCGCAGCCGGCUUCGCCCCUCUCGCACUCGGUUCCGACACCGAGGGCAGCAUUGUAAACCCGUCCAGCCGAAAUGCAUUGUUCGGGCUGCGGCCGUCCACGGGGACGACCAGCAGGAGCGGCGUGGUGCCCAUCUCCAGCUCACAGGACACGACGGGCCCGAUGGGCAAAAGCACGUGGGACGUCGCCGUUGCGUUGGAUAUCAUGGCCGCGGAGGAUCCCGACGACCCGUAUACCUUCCCGGUGGCGCCGUUCCGGCCCAAGAGUUACACCAAGUUCCUCGAUCCUAAUGGGUUCAAGGGAUUGCGCGUUGGGGUCAUCCGCGAGCCCUUUUUCGACACGUCAACCAAGCGCGGGAAGUUGAUGGCCAAGGCUUUCAAUAAAGCUCUGAAGAAGAUGACUUCGUUUGGUGCCAUUGUCCGCGAAACGCCGUUGCCCAAUUACUCAGACUGGAACUACACAUUCGUCGGUGCCGCUGAGAGGGUAAACAAUGGAACCAUCCAGAUCC